CGGAAACUCCUCUCUGCGCCAUUAUAGUUGUCAUCACUGGAAAAGCAUCAUGGGAUUUUCUGCUGAUAAUCACGAGUUUUAUCGCAGGCUCAAGUGGCGUUCCAAAAUGGCGACUGGCAGGAGUCUUCCAGUCAUCUUGAAAAAAUUCGGUCAAGGCUUCGAUCCUGGGUUACUAAAAGCAGCUGAAAUUUCAAAGAAAUGUCGUGUACUAGCAACUCUGAGCACUGACAAUACACUGAAGCUGUGGAACAUCAGGAAUGAUGCAAACUGUACCCUUAAAAGUGUAACACAGUUCAAAUGGAGCUUGAUCAGAGACUGUGUGGAUGAAAAUCAUUUGGUGGAAGAUCAUUUUGCCGUAGUGAAGACAGAUGGUAGUAUAGAAUUAUAUUCCAUUUCCAAGGCAUUUGAGGAUUUUUCCAGCUCCUGCGAUGCUGUUGUUGGUAAAGAGCUACUGAAAGGACUUCUGCAUGACAGAGGCAAAGAUUGGUUAGCCAGUGAAAUACACCUUGUGUCAGUAAGCAGAAGUAUUAAGCCUUCUAAGCAUGAGGUCUCUUUACUCCUGGAUAACAAGUUUGUGGCAGUCCUCGCAAUGGCCAAAAACACUGCAGCUGAUAUUUUAGUCUGCUUUGAUAUAAAGAACUCAUCGACCACCAAUGAAAACACUCAGCUGGGACUGAUUGCACAAGUCAGGAGGUGCCAUAAGUUUUAUUUUACUCUACUUUCCAAUGGUACUGUGUUAAUACACAAUAUGGGUGAUUUUGUUGGUUCAGUUAAUCUGUGGCCACUGGAUAACCUUACAACAGAAGAUACAUAUAGUGUUACAGUUGAAGAAAGACCAGUGUUCACACACUUGGAAGUAGCUGAUGAUCUCUCCUUUGUUGUCUGUGCUGAUGCCACUAGUAAUAUCUACUUGGUGAACCUUGAUGAAUACUUUGAAGAGUCUCCUUCACAGCUCAUUGUUCCUGUGUGCUCCAGAGUGAGGGGCUCUUCAGUGGGGAGUGUUAAGUUUCGGUAUGAACUGAAUGAUGAAGAUUCUGUGGCACGUGAUUUAGAAAUGUCAGGUGUUGCUUAUGGAGACAGGGUGUGGAAAACAGAGUUGCUGGCUUUCAGGAGGGAUGCAAAGCAAGCAUGCCUUAGAAAUGUUUCAGAUGUGAACAGUGUCUGUAUACCUCCUGUAAAGAAGAGGUGGUUUUCAGACUUAGUAAGUGCUGAUGAUGGAAGUCUCUACAGUGCAUUCAGUUCAUGUAGCAAACAACCAUUGACAAGCACUAGCCGAGUGAGUGGUUUUAGAGCAAAACAGAGAGACGAAGCAGAGAUCAUUACUGAAGAACUGCCAUUUACUGGAUGUGUUCAAAAAACACUUUUCAUUGAAUGUGAAGCGUGGAUGGAAAUGUGCACCUUGGAAGGCGUAUCAGUGACACCAGCAUCAUUCUUGUUGAACUUUAAACCAAAGAAACUGAAGAAAGAUGAAGAUCAUCCUACUCACAUGUCACAUGGUGUUCUUUGCCUGUUUUUGUGCAAGUCCAAGGAAUAUGUUUAUCACUGGUUAUCAGAGCCUUCAGUUAUUGUUCAAAGCUGUGAAACUGUGUAUCCACCUUUACUACUUACUACCAAGUCUAUGGCAGCACCAGCAUUUGAUAUCAGUCAAGAUCAGCUGGUCCACAAAGUAAUAUAAACUAAGAUUUCCGUUCUUCCUGAUUUUCGUCAAAAGAAUGAAUCUAGAUACUUUCCUACGUUAUGUUUUUAUUUUUGUAUAUAUCCUAUUGUUUUGUAUUCUAUGUUAGGUAAUAGCUUCAGGGCUCCUGUUGAUAGCAGAGAUGAUUUGUAAGCUCCCUGAAGGGACUACCCUGAAAAUUUACCUAUAGAUUUUUUACUUUCAAAUAAAGGUGUCUAUCUAUCUAAGUAGAAGAAGCAAAAUAGUUAUGCUUCAAAUAACAUUCCAUUGGUGUACAGCUCUCCUUCUUUGUUAAAGACAAUUGUCAUGAGUGCAUAUCAUUUGAGUACCACUACUCACUGUUAUUUCAAAACAGUUGCCGUAGCUCAGGGAAAAAAAAUGAUUCUAUGUGAAGGUCAGGGAAAAUUCAGGGAAUUAAGAAUCUUAACAGAGAGAUCGUGCAGAUAGAAUACAUACUGCUGAUCUUGCACUGCCAUGGCACAUGUAAAUUGUGUUUGAUUGGUUUGUUUCUUAUGAGUGGGUAGACAUAGUCAAGUUUACCCAGACACUGCACAUACCUACAAUUGCUAGAUGAUGAUGCCUUUUAUUACUCCUUCUCGGAGCAUAGGCUACAGAUAAAGCGCCUCCACCCUCCUCUGUCUCUGGC